AUGCUCAAUCUCUCUCUCUGGCAACGGCAUAUAGGAUUUUCAGAGAGGAUUGUAAAACUGUAUGAAGCUCGAACCAAGCAUAUCGUGUCUGCUGCCCUUCGUGUAUUCAACGUGGCAAGACACAUACAAUGCGAGGCUCACCAACUGAACCAGGAGUUUAGCACUAUAUAUCAGAUUAUAGAAAUUAGUCAGAAGACUCCAGAUGAAUGUGUUGGAAAUGCCUAUGAUGCAGUCCGUGUUUCUGUUCUGGUACUAUCUGCUAUGGAUCUAGCUGGUUCGGAACGGGCUUCAAAAACGGAUGCAGAGGGUGUUAGGCUGAAGGAAGGCUCAGAUAUAAAUAAGAGUUUGAUGACACUCGGGACUUGGUCAUGUUCCGUACCGAGACAGCAAGCUUACAAGGAUCCUGCAACCAGCUUUAGAUCCAUGCAGAUGAAACCAAGAGCAGUCUUCAGUUUGCUAGCCGAGCACUACAUAUCAACUGAUGCUGUUUUGUUAAAGCGCCAGAAGAAGGAAAUAGAGGAGCACAGAUCCAAUACAAAGGUGAGCUUCACAGGAAGUAAGAAAAUGGAAUCCUCUUUCUUCAGCCGUGUAAGGUUAGGAAUCAGUGAUGCUGUGCUAUCGAACUUGACGGUGAAGGCUUAUCUGGAUAUGGGGUUUUAAAGAAGAUGCUGUCGACCUCUCUUCUCAAUUUCAUACAAGGGAAGAGUAGUUGGGCAUUUGCUCAUUAGCUGAGCUUUGUAGAACCGUGGAAAGCCUUUCAUAUGGCGACAAUGUUUCCACAUGGUCUAAAUCAGCGAUCUUAGUUUCAAAGCUGAAGACACUCGUAGAGUUAGUGAAGUCGCUAAAUGAUUUGCUGAUCUAUCUGUAUUGCUAGUCUCAUCUCUCCUUACCAAAAGGAACGCUUUGCUACCACCAGGAGAUUUUAUGGAGGUGUUCAUGGAUGUGCCACUCCAUAUAUUAAAUAAGCGUGCACGAGGUGGGAAAAUCAAAGGUUUCACAGGAAUUUGACUAUCCUUAUGCAUUGCAAGAUGGUGAAUUUGUGAUAGAAAACAACAGAGACGAGAAUUCAUCUUCAUCUAUUUCUGAAAUGGCAGAGAUUGUAUUGUCCUUACUUGUAACAUGUACAAACAUCUUUUGUAAUAUGCUCAAAAGUAUUAAUCCCAAUGUCAUGUGGUGUAAUGAAAACGCAAACCCCGUUUUCAUUGUUUGAAUGGGAUAAUAAAAUCAUGAACUUUCAUGAGCAAAGAUUGAUGAG